AUGUCGGAGACGGUGCUGAGCAUGGCGAGGUCCAUGCUGGGGAGCGCCGUCAGCAAGGCCGCCGCGGCUGCCUCGGAAGAGAUGAGCCUGCUCAUCGGGGUGCAGAAGGAGAUCUGGUUCAUGAAAGAUGAACUAGAAACUAUGCAAGCGUUCUUGGUAGCCCCUGAAGUAACCAAGAAAAAAGAUAAACUGGUGAAGGUCUGGGCAAAGCAAGUACGAGAUCUGUCAUAUGACAUUGAGGAUUGCCUUGACGAGUUCACAGUACAUGUUGGAAGCCGAAGCCUGUCACAACAGAUGAUGAAGCUGAAAGACCGUCACCGGAUUGCUGUCCAGAUCCGCAAUCUCAAGGCAAGAGUUGAAGAAGUGAGCAAGAGGAACACACGCUACCACUUAAUCAAGACAGAGGCAUCCAACACCACCAUGGACGAGACAGAGUCCUACUUGGAAGAUAUUCGCAACCACUCGGCUAGCAACAUCGAUGAAGCACAGCUUGUAGGCGUUGAUGAACCCAAGAAGAAGUUGCUUGAGAUGAUACAAGAAGUUCGUGCCGAUGAUGGACAUGCACGUGUGAUCUCAGUGGUCGGCAUGGGAGGUUUGGGUAAAACUACUCUUGCCAGGAAGAUAUAUGAAAGCAAGGAAGACAUUGCAAAGAACUUCACAUGCCGUGCAUGGGUCACUGUAUCACAAUCAUUUUUGAAGAUAGAGCUUCUGAAAGAUAUGAUUAGGCAACUGUUGGGCGAUGAAUCAUUGAAGAGAUGCUUGAAACAACUUGAAGGAAAGGGAUUGCAUGUAAAUGACCUUGCCAGCUACCUCACACAAGGGCUAAAGGAUAAAAUGUAUUUUGUUAUUCUUGAUGACUUGUGGACCAUUGAAGCAUGUUAUUGGAUUAAUAAGUUUGCUUCUCUAAGCAACAAAAGCAAAGGUAGUCGGAUCAUAGUUACAACACGUGAUGCUGCUAUAGCAAAGGCAUGCAGUUCUAAUGACUCUCUUGUUUACCAUCUUCAACCUCUAGAAAUAGGUGAUGCCAAUGAGUUGCUUCUAAGGAAGGCACAAAAAGAUACCAAAGCCACCAUGAGUGAGGGUUUGAUGACAACAGUAGAACAGUUGGCAACAAAAUGUGGUUGUUUACCACUGGCUAUUCUCACACCAUGCUUUCUAUACCUAAGCAUUUUUCCUGAGGACUUUGAAAUUAAAAGGAGGCGUCUGGUAGAUAGGUGGAUUGCAGAGGGGCUGGUUACUGCCAGGCGUCGAGUAACAGUUGAGGAAGUUGGAGAACGUUACUUUCAGCAGCUAAUCAGCCGAAGCAUGAUUCUACCAGCAAGAGUGAAUAUAGAAGGAGUUGUUAAGAGCUGCCGUGUUCAUGAUAUCGUGCGUGAUACAAUAAUCUCGAUAUCCAGAGAGGAGAAUUUUGUUUACUUGACAGAAGACAAUGUAGCUGGAGUAGUAGUUGGAGAGAAAUUCCGUCAUGUGGCAUACCAUGGCAAGAGCUGCACAAAUGUUGGAGUGGAUUGGAGCUGUGUCCGAUCAUUAACUUCCUUUGGUGAGAGACCAAUGAAGCCCGCACCUUCACUUUGUUCACCGGAGUUGAGGAUGUUAAGAACAUUGGAUCUGAAGGAUGCACAGUUCAAAAUUGCGCAAAAAGACAUAGACAACAUAGGAUUAUUGCGCCACUUGAAAUAUGUGAAUGCUCAGUAUGAUGGUCCAAGAUAUAGUCAUUCAAAUAUUUAUGCACUUCCUAGAUCUAUCGGAAAAUUACAGAGCUUACAAGUCCUGGACCUAAGAGGCAGUUGUAUUUCGGCACUAGCAACUGAGGUCACUAAACUCCAGAGUCUGCGAAUCCUCCGCUGUAGCAAAUAUAAAGAUAUUAUGGAUAAUUUCAACCCAAGGCACAAGUUGGAAUGUUUUAACAACAUAUUGCACCUGCCCAUAAUGUUCACACCCCAAGUUGAUUCUGAAUACCGCAAUGAAAUGAUUGCUGAGGCACAUCUAGCCUUCUCUAGCUCUUUUUCUUAUUUACGAGUACCAGGUGUGCGGAUGCCAAGAGGAAUCGGCAACCUAAAAGCACUGCAGAUCCUAGAGGUUGUGGACCUCAGAGGCACUAGUAUGAAAGCAAUUGAAGAGUUGGGUGAACUAAGUCAACUAAUAAAAUUAAGCGUGGCGACAAGAUGGGCAGCAAAGGGAAAAUGCGAGGCCUUUUGCAAAGCCCUUGAGAAGCUCGCCUCUCUUCGUUCUAUCUAUGUGGAUAGUGAUUCUGGUUACCUUAGUGUUGGAACACUUAAGUGGCUAGAUUCUUCUCUCUCCCCUCCCCCGCUGCUAAGGAGCCUAAAGUUGAUUGGAAAGAUAGGGACUACACCCGCUUGGUUUGGGGAUCUUGGGCAGUUGGUCAAGGUGUACUUAGAAUGGACCUACCUAGAGGACUUGGAGAUACUUCGGGCGCUGCCCAACCUUAUGCUCAUUCAGCUUUUUAGAAGGGCAUAUAGUGGGGAGAAACUAACAUUCAGAACUGGAGCAUUCCCAGGUCUCAGGAAACUUGUUCUUUCUCAACCAGAGGGAUUGACAGAGGUGACAUUUGAGGAAGACGCCUCACCCUUCGUGGAAAGCAUCCAUAUCGAAUAUCUGAAGCUAGAGUCAGGGAUUAUUGGUAUCAAGCACCUUCCAAGACUCAAGGAGAUUUCACUUGGUCGCGGCUGCAAGGUGGCAGGAUUUAAUAUGCUGCAAGCGGAAGUCAACCAACAUCCCAAUAAGGCCGUGCUGCGACUGAAGGAGGACCGAAAGUACCAUGGCCUGGGAGAUGUCGUCGGAUCCGGUGUCGAAGAGGAAGCAACCGAACCUCAGCCUGAUGACACCAAAGAGAGCUCCCAAGUGAUCACAACGACCGACGACAGCGAAAUCCAACCCGUUCCAGUUGAUGCUGCCUCCUAG